AUGCAACUCGCCGAGCGUUAUCAAGCCUUCAUGCUUGAAUACCUGGAGUUAAAUCACAUGGAGCCCGUUCCUUCUCAUCAGGUGCUCAAUCCUGGAUUUUAUUUGCCUCACCAUGCGGUGGUGAGACCUGAAAACCCUGCGAAAAUACGCGUAGUCUUCAACGCAUCGCAGAAAUCGCAAAAUGGUCUAUCACUAAAUGAUAUGCUUUUGUCAGGACCUAAGCUUCAAGCAGACAUCUCAAUAGUUUUAUCUCUUUGGCGUCGAUUUAGAUUCGCCUUUACUACUGAUGUUAUUAAGAUGUUUCGCCAGAUAAAGGUUCAUCAGGAUGACGCUGACUGGCAACGAAUACUUUGGCGAGACAACACUAGCAAGCCAAUUCAGGAUUACAGAUGCAUCACGGUGACGUACGGUACUUCGUCUGCUCCCUUUCUGGCUCUUCGGGUUAUGAAGCAAAUUGCAACUGACGGUUCACUGGACUAUCCGGAAGGUGCUUCAAUUCUUCGUCAUACACUUUACGUUGACGACCUCUUCGGCGGAGCGGACACUAUCAAUGAAGCCGUACGCCGCCGCGAGCAACUGAUCAAUCUUCUGGGAUCAGCAGGCAUGGUCCUGGAUAAGUGGGCAGCAAAUUCCUUGGAUCUGCUAGCAGGUUUGAAUUCAUCUUCUGCAACUGAAGUUGAAUUGAAUCAAAACGAGGUAAAAUCUACCCUUGGUAUUAAAUGGCUUCCAAAGGACGAUGUUUUUUCGUUCACAGCAACAGUAACUCAAGCGACUUGCGUUACCAAAAGGUCGAUAUUGUCUGAAGUCGCUCGAUUAUUUGAUCCUCUAGGUUGGUUGGCGCCCAUGAUUAUCGUGGCCAAAGUAAUCAUGCAAGAUCUUUGGCUGGACCACAUCGACUGGGAUACGCCUGUUCCUGAUCAACUUCAUUCCCGCUGGUUUGAAUUCCAAGCUGGACUCGCAGAAAUACCGAGGAUCCGGAUUCCACGAUGGCUUAACACCCUGGAAAGUGAUGACUGGCAACUGCACGGAUUUGCCGACGCUUCGCAGAGAGCGUAUGCAGCUGCUCUAUACGUAGUCAUUCCAGGACGCCAACCCAUGCUGCUCACGGCAAAAACAAAGGUCGCCCCCACAAAGGUCCAAUCAUUGCCACGGCUCGAAUUGUGUGGGGCCACAUUACUAGCUCGGUUGAUUUCACACACUUUGGACGCAAGUCAACAACCACCAGCAUCAAUUCACUGUUGGUCGGAUUCACGAGUCGUGUUGGAAUGGUUGAAAGGACACCCAUCCAAGUGGCAAACAUUCAUUGCCAAUCGUACUAGCGAGAUAAUUACAAGCUUACCAACAGCGACUUGGAGACACGUCAGAUCUGCAGACAACGCUGCUGAUUGCGCUUCAAGAGGUGUCUCAACGGCUGAUCUUGCUGAGCACAAGCUUUGGUGGCAUGGACCUGAUUGGCUGUCCAUGCCUGAAUCUACUUGGCCAACCAACAUGCCACUUAGUGCUCAGACAGUUGAGGAUGCGCAUGCCCUCGCUGCAUUAGAAGAAAGCACCGACGAAGGCGUCCCUACAGGCCCUGGAUGCAACUGCUUAUCAACGCUGCAGAAGUUUUCACGAUUCAGUAAGAUCCUGCGCAUUUUAGCUUACUGCAGCUCGUGGCGUCUGAAAGCCCUUAAUAAAAGUCAGUCCCACAAAAGGCUGAGUUAUCAAGGCUGGACUCUAGCCCGAAUCUUUUGCUAUCGUGCAGUUCAAAAUCAACAUUACAAGCAGGAGCUUAAGCAACUACAGGCCGGCGAGCUGCUCUCCAAGCGGAGCCCACUUGCUCGACUCAAUCCAUUCAUCUGUGCUCACGGAUUAAUUCGAAUUGGAGGUUGGUUACAAUAUUCACCGAUUUCUUACAACGAGAUGCACCCAAUCGUGCUGCCCGGAGGAUGCAUCAUUGUUAAGAGGCUCGUCGAGGAAGUGCAUCACAUCACAUUGCACGGAGGGGUGCAAUUGAUGCUAUCUCACAUAUAUAGAUCUCUUUGGAUCACACGCGGACACGCAGUAGCUACAGGAGUCUUUAGACGAUGCAUACAAUGCACACGCUAUAGUCGGCGAAGUCCAAAACAGCUGAUGGGUUCUCUGCCAGCUCAGAGAACUACUCCAACACGAGCCUUUACCGUCACUGAACUGGACUACGCAGGCCCUUUUCCAGUGCUUUUUUCCCAAGGCAGAGGCGCUAAGUCAACUAAAGGCUAUAUAGUCAUAUUUAUUUGUUUUUUCACAAAAGCGAUUCAUAUUGAAGUAGCCUCUGAUCUGUCAACGAGUUGUUUUAUUGCAGCGUUCGAUCGAUUUUGUUCACGUCGAGGAGUUUGUCAAAAACUGUAUUCGGAUAACGCCACCACCUUUACAAGCGCUGCAAGGGAACUGCAAGCGCUUUUCGCCAAAGCCUUGCCAUUCAUGGACAGUGUGACGCCGACUCUAGCAGCCCGAGGUACGGAGUGGUCAUUUAUUCUACCACGGGCUCCACACUUUGGAGGGCUUUGGGAAGCAGCGGUGCGCAGCUUUAAGCACCACUUCCGCCGAGUAGUUGGCGAUCUCACCCUCACGUUUGAAGAGCUGUCCACAUUGGCUGCAAAGGUCGAGGCCUGCCUCAACUCUCGGCCUCUGUGUCCGUUGAGCGUCAACCACACUGACGCCGUGGCACUUACUCCGGCUCAUUUUUUGAUGGGAACUUCUCUGCUGGCCCAUUCUGAGCCGUUUAAUGAGGAAAGUCAGCCCAUCUCCUUCAACAACCGCUGGAGACUGUUGACCAACCUGCGCAACUCCUUCUGGCGGCGAUGGCAGAAGGAGGUGCUCCAUCAAAUGCAACAUCGCAACAAAUGGUUGAAUGUUUGCCCCAAUUUGACAACAGGCGACGUUGUGCUCUUGACAGAUGAGCUCACCCCACCUACCCAGUGGCGUCUUGGACUGAUAGUCAAAACACAUCCAGGCACAGACGAGCUAGUGAGGACGGUCACUGUCAGAACUGCCAGUUCAACCUUCAAACGACCAGUGGUGAAACUGGUUAAGUUGCCAACCGAGCCAGAACUCUUAACGAUUCACAAUCAGAUCAAAACGCGCUCGCAAGGCAGAGNGUCACGGGAUCCAUGGUAA